AUGGCUGAUAUCGUUCAAGAAAUUUAUUGUGGCUUGCAUGGCAUGGCCAUGCAAACUGCAGAUCAAUCGCAGAAUAAUUUGGCAUGCAGCAGUAGCCAGUCCUCUGAAUUUUUUCCAAAGAAAACGCAUCUUGAAGUGGACACCACUCUAAGAGCUGAAUUUUGUGGAGAUCCGAAGGCUCUCGGAAUGGAUUCAUCGGGUUUCCCGAUCGAUUCCGCUGACUAUGAAAGAGCUGGUUACCUCAGCUCUGUGGACUGUGUGCAGGAAGGAACAGCAGUAACGGCUUCUUCAUCUUCUGAAGAUCUCAGUCCGAAGUCAAGGUAG